GGGGCCUCGCUGCCAAGGAGUCCCAUGACUCCCGGCUGAUCAUUUAUUUGGGUGGCCUCGACUCCGACGGGGCCGCGGCGAGGGCGGGGGCCGACGGCUCGGACGAUGGGCGCAGCCACGGGCUUGCAAAUGCGGCGGCGGCGGCCGAGUUCGACUCGGACUGCGAGGAGUCCCCGUCCAGCGCGUCAGCCUGCUUCACGGCGGCGCCCCUGGCGAAUCCGACGCACGUAGCUCACCUCUUUGGCGCAGCAGGCAAGCCUGGCGCAGUCUGGCGCACCUACAGUACCACACUCGGCGCCCUGUCCAGACCAGACGCGCCUGAUGCACCCGGCGCUCUGGGCGAGCCUGCCACCUGGCGCACCUGGCAGCAUGCGCACCUGGCGGACUUGGUGCAUUCGGCAAACGUGCCCCUCCUGUUACACCUGCCUGACCUGGCGCACUUGACGCACCUAGUACCGACCAUCAG